CUACCGGGUAGCCAGAAGCUCAAGCUCAAAGCGAAUAUCAUCAGUUCAUCGCUGAUUACACUUCACUGUACCAAGCUGCGUUGAAGGCCUUGAGGGCGGGACCAAGAGGCCAAUCUCUCCCUUUAUUGCCUGCCAUGCCUCCCCAAGAUCACGACCACGAACAACCACUUUUAGUGGACUCUAUCCCUGACAAACAAACAGCCGAAGCCGCUUACGAUUCCUCCGAGAAAGUUGUGGUCGUCGGAAUUGAUGAGUCCAACACUGACUGCGACGACUCGGAUCGUGUCCCGCCGUUUUCAUGGAAGAAGCUAUGGCUCUUCACUGGCCCUGGUUUCCUUAUGAGCAUUGCUUUUCUCGAUCCUGGAAAUCUUGAGGGAGAUCUUCAGGCUGGCGCAAUUGCUGGCUAUUCCCUCUUAUGGCUUCUCAUGUGGGCUACGGCUAUGGGGCUUCUGGUUCAGCUUUUGGCUGCACGGCUAGGAGUGGUGACUGGGAAGCAUCUGGCUGAACUCUGCAGGGAGGAGUAUCCAACUUGGGCGAGGAUGAUUCUGUGGGUUAUGGCGGAGUUGGCUCUGAUUGGGUCUGACAUUCAAGAGGUUAUUGGGAGCGCUAUCGCUAUCAGAAUUCUCAGUAACGGUAUUGUACCCCUUUGGGCGGGGGUCAUCAUCACAGCUUGUGACUGUUUUAUUUUCCUAUUUCUUGAGAACUACGGCGUGAGGAAAUUGGAAGCAUUUUUUGCUGUUCUCAUUGGUUUAAUGGCCCUCUCAUUUGCGUGGAUGUUUGGUGAAACAAAGCCUAGCGGCAAAGAUCUUCUUCUCGGUAUUUUGGUUCCGAAACUUAGCUCCAGAACAAUACAGAAGGCUGUUGGAGUUGUGGGUUGCAUUAUUAUGCCUCACAAUGUAUUUUUGCACUCUGCACUUGUUCAGUCAAGACAAGUUGAGCAGGGCAAGAAAGGCCGAGUUCAGGAAGCGCUUAACUAUUAUUCUAUAGAGUCAACUGCUGCCCUUAUUAUCUCCUUUAUCAUUAAUGUAUUUGUCACGACUGUGUUUGCAAAGAGUUUUUAUGGUACUGACCUCGCAAAUAGCGUUGGUCUUGUGAAUGCUGGCCAGUAUCUUGAAGAAAAGUAUGGAGGUGGACUUCUUCCAAUCUUAUAUAUAUGGGGUAUUGGGUUAUUAGCAGCUGGUCAAAGUAGCACUAUUACUGGGACUUAUGCUGGACAGUUUAUAAUGGGGGGUUUUCUUAAUUUAAGGUUGAAAAAAUGGAUGAGGUCAUUAAUUACACGAAGUUGUGCUAUCAUUCCAACUGUGACAGUUGCUCUUGUCUUUGAAACAUCAGAGGACUCAUUAGAUGUUCUAAAUGAAUGGCUUAAUGUUCUCCAAUCAAUUCAAAUCCCCUUUGCACUCAUUCCCUUGCUCUUUUUGGUGUCCAAGGAGCACAUAAUGGGCGCUUUCAGAAUUGGCCCUGUCCUCAAGAUCAUCGCAUGGUUUGUAGCUGCUCUAGUGAUAAUGAUCAAUGGGUAUCUUAUGCUAGAAUUCUUCAACUCUGAGGUCAAUGGAGUAAUGUUUGGUGCUGUUGUGUGCGCUUUUACGGCUGCAUACGUUGCAUUUAUACUUUACCUCAUUUCAAGGGCCAUCACCUUUUCCCCUGCGCAAAGUUCAUUACAAUCGAAGAUGAUUACUGACUCACAGAAUUAAGUGAUCAAUCUGAAGCCAGGUUUACUGAAAGAGGGGCAAGCACCACUUGGCUCUAAGUUUUGGUUAGUCUGCAAGCACAUUCAUGCUUGUUACUUGUAUAACAACUUGCUGCAGCAGGCAGUGGCACCUUAUCGUUUGUCUAUGCUUUCAGUUUGAACAAGUCAUCAGUUGAUGUUUCUGUCUUGCUGUCUGAAUUCUAUUGUACAGAGGAGCUAUAGGCAUGAUGUAGUUGAGUGAAAUCUUAGCAGCGAUAGCAUUCAAACGGCAAAUGAUAGCUCCUCUUCCUUCAUUCUUUUUGGCUUGCUCAAUUGUGCGCCUAUGGUCUUAUUCAAACUGUGCCACUUGUUAAUAGUCAAACAUGUCAUGUCUCAAACUGUUGGGAAUGUAAUUGUUAGACUGUUAUGUUAAUGAAAAUAAUUUAAGAAGUUUUGAAUCAA